GCAUGAUUGAAAAUUGAAUACAAAUUUUUUACAGGCGUGUUUCACGAAGCACAGAAUUAUUAUUAAUUCUGCAAAUUAUUUAAUUAGUCACAUCUUCAAUAAAGUAACAAUGGCCAAUGUAGAACAAGUUACAAAAGCUGCUAGUUUCAUGAAAGUAGCUCCCGGAAAAAUAGGAUAUAAUGCAGAAAAAAUCAUUACCAGAUAUAUUCCGAAAACUAACGAAAGUAUUUCUGGAUUUUCGUCUAUAAUUCAAUCGAUUGCCAGAGAAAGCAAGAACGACGUCAUACGAGACAGUUUCACGGAUAUAGAAACAGAACUUCAGGUGGCACAAUGGGUCGAUUAUUCCGUGCUUUAUGUGUCGCCGGCAUCCAAAGAUAAACACGUUUCGAAGGCACUGCUAGAGGAACUCAAUAAACAACUGGAAAGCCGUUCAUACUUGGUAAAUCACACGUUGACUUUGGCAGAUGUGGUGGUCUUCUACGCAAUUCAGGAAACCAUGGCCAAUCUACCAUUGCUGGAUAAGGAACAUUACCUCAAUGUCUCUCGCUGGUAUGAUCAUUUACAACAGCAAAAGGCAAUUCGUCAGGAUGAAACUUUGAUUAACUUUUCAACUUUACAUUUACUUGGUUGGGCUACCGGUACCCAUAUCUAAUUAUAAUCUAUUUAACUCAAUUUUUAACUAAUUAAGAAUAAAAAUGAUACCUACACUAGCA